UUUUUUGAUAAAGGAAAAUAUGUAUAUAUACUCUAUAUACCCCAAUUAAAAAUAAAUCUAAUCAUUAUAAUUUAUAAUCAUCUCCUUCAAAAUAUGCUCGCGGUAAUCGUGUUAGAGAUUUUAAAACGUAUUCCAUUGAUUUUUUCAACAAUAAUUAAACAUUUUAAACAUGGACCCCCGCAACCAUCGUGGGAUUUGAAAGUUCAUUUAAUAGUAUCCAUAGCUGGGACACUUGGCGCUCCACCUUAUAAAAAAUUUACAAUUGAAGUUGCACAAAGUUCGAUUCCCAUCUUUACUUACAAAAUUCCUUCUGAUCUUAAAUUAUAUGAAACAAGUAUUCCACAUGAAUAUAGAAUUAAUGCUCAAGCAUAUAUUGAAAAAAUUGUAAAACCUUAUAAUAUCGUUAUAGAUCCAAUUUGGAAAACUCCUAGAAAUGAUGAAAUAAAAGGUGAAUUAAUUAUGGAUAAAGAUUGGAACGAAGAAAAUGAUUGGGAAAAAGAAAAAAUCGUUUUAUAUUUACACGGAGGAGCUUAUAGUACAGGAAAUAGUAAAAUUGCUCAUGAUUUCUGUUGUAAAUUAUCAAGAACAUCUGGUGCUCGUAUAUUCACGAUUAGUUACAGAUUAGCACCACAGAACCCAUUCCCUUCAGCGUUAUGUGAUUCUUUAGCAGCUUAUUUAUAUCUAAUGAAUCCCCCUAAAGAUUCUGGAUUUAAAGCAUACAAGCCAGAACAGAUAGUUUUUGGUGGAGACAGUGCUGGAGGUGGAUUGGUAGUCUCAUUAGGAUUAGCGAUACGGGAUUUAGGUUUACCUCUACCAGCCGGUAUAGUUUCAUGGAGUCCAUGGACUGAUUUAACGCAUAGUAUGCCAUCAUUUAAUGAUACAGCUGUUGAUGAAACAGAUUUUUUACCAUUAUUGCCAGGGUUUAAAUUUGCAAGAAAUACAAAUUCAGAUGCGUAUAGAGAAUUUAGAACAAGAUCAGGGAAUAUUAUUAGGAAUAUUCAGAAAAAUCCUGAGAUUAAAAUAAUAGGAGAUGAAUCUUUAAAAAGAAUCGGUAAUCAAUCCGUUAGUUUUUAUGUUGUAAAUGAGGGACUUGGUAUUCCUUAUGUUAGUCCUAUGUUGGCAGAAUCACUUGGUGGUUUACCUCCAUUGUUAAUUAUUGCCGGAAAUGUAGAAAGAUUACGUGAUGAAGCAGUUUAUCUAGCUUAUAGAGCCUCUAAUCCAGAAAAAUAUCGUUUACCAAAAUAUGAAGUAGAUUUUGAUAAUUCACGUUUUAAAUCUCCCAGUAAACAAGUUAUACUUGAAAUAUAUGAUGAAAUGUUUCAUAAUUUUCAUUAUUCUCACCUUGAAGCAGCAAAAGUAACAGUUCGAAGAGCUAGUGAAUUCAUUUCCACUGUUAUACAAGAAGCUCUCCAAGCUAAUCCUACAUCAAAUAAAUUUGAAACUUACAAAAUAACUUAUCAAGGAGAAGUUCAGAAUUUUGAUGAAUCAAGUAUUGAACAUGUUCUUACUUGGGAUAAAGCUGGUGUUUUUCCAGGUGUUUAAAAAAGCCGCAGUAGUGAAUGGAUAUUAACAUAUGAAUAACAUAUGGGAAUUUUAAUUACGAUAUUGAUAUUUUACGAUGUUUCAAACAUUCAUAUACUAAUAUACUAAUAUACUAAUAUAUAUACAGUACUGUAUAUGUUAAUAUAUGUAUAUAAAUGUAUGAACUAAAUAUAAAAAAAAGGAAGCUUGUAAUAUUUAAGAAAAUUAUUAUCCGCAAGCAUUCAUCAAUUAAUAAUUAAUACGUUACA